ACAGCCAUAAAAGUUGUUGCCAUUUAGCAUUUGAUGUUGGAGAUCAUUUGUUAGGGUAGAUAAACAACUCAGAUCCAAUUCUAUCGUUUCACACCGCUUAAGUGGGUAAAAACUGUCUGGUGUUUCAGUAGACACAUGUGUUAAUAGUCUUUCUUGUGUCGUCUCGUCAACAUGGACAAAAUAGCCCACGCAGAUGUUGGUGACAUUCAGUCAAGGUUGCUGGACCAUAGGCCAGUCCUACAAGGAGAGAUCAGGUAUUUUGUACGAGAAUUUGAGGAGAAGCGGGGCUUUAGGGACUGUCGUCUAUUAGAAAACUUGAACAAGCUGGUGAUUGAGACCAAUGAGCAAGUAUUGCCCAGGUGCACCAAGACCAUGCACGGAAAUUUACUUGACGCUCUCAGUCGCUUGGAAGCUGUAACUCAUAUGACGCAGAGAAUCCAGGAGAGGGAGCUAGAAACACAUAGCAUGAUUCUUCAGGAGGGUGUGGAGAAACGCAGAGCAGACUGGGAGGACUUUGUGAAACAGCAAUAUCGGCUAAAGGAGGAGGUGGACGAGGAACAUGCUAAAGCUGUAGGCAGACUCAGUACACAGUACAGUGAGAUAAGGAAAGACCUUGCCAAGUUUUCCCAUUUCUGAAGUUCUCUAUGGAUGCUCCUGUAUUUGGACAGUAUUUUUGAAAAUGUUCUUCUGCAGCAUGAUGUUAAUAUGCUAUGUUUUUCGGAGAACGUGUGCUUUUUUUGGUCUCUGCAAGUAUUCAAAAUCAAUAUGUGGUCAAAUUUAUGAGAAAAUGGGUGGUUUACAUAAAAUAUUUAGUUAUUAAGCAAAUUGUUUAAAGUUAUACAGAAAUCUUGUAUAAGGUUGUUGAACAGAAAUCUGAUCUACUAGCAUGAGUUAUGUAUAAAGAGUGUAAUCCACUGAAUUACUAUUAACAUGAUCACAACACUGGGGAUGUUACCGCUGACAUGAAGAAAUGACUAAUAUUAUAUUAAAAUAGAUAGCAUUGUGCCUUAAAGCUCCAUUAUUCAGGUACCAAUGUACCAAAACAAAUGAAGCAAACUCAGUACUUGAAACAAUCAAAUAAAGCUUAUUAAAACAA